AUGUCUGAACAACAACAACAACAACAACAACAAAUCACCACUCCUUCUCAAAACUUAUUAAACGAAAAAUGGGAUGUCGUGUUGUCCAAUGCCUUAAUUAAGACCGGUUUAGGAUUUGGUGGAGGUGUCUUGGCGUCUAUUUUAAUAUUCAAGAGAAGAUCAUUCCCAGUAUGGUUAGGUGUUGGAUUCGGUUUAGGUAGAGGAUAUGCUGAAGGAGAUGCUAUUUUCAGAUCUACUCAUGGAUUAAGAACUGUUAAGUCAUAG